GCAGCAGUCUUUGUCGUACGUAUCUCAGGCGAUUAUUCCUGCUCCUCCUAGCUAAAGGAGUACUAGCUAGCUAGGGAAUGCACCCACUAUUCUCCACCAACCGACUCCAACUAAUCACCUUGCUAGCUACCCGUUAUUUUUCCACCAAUAUAAUUAAUUAAUUAAUUAUUCCCUACUUCUCUUUAUAUAUACACACACACACCAACACCAUUUUCCUUCCCAUCCCACCGCCAUAACUCCACGCUUCAUUUCUUGAACCCCAGGAAACAGAUCAAGAAGCCAAAUCUGCUUAAUUUCUUCCACUGGAAGCAGUAUAUAACAUAUAUAUAUAUAAUUUUCCCUUAUUCAAAGCCAUGACGGUGUUGAUGAUGAAGAGAAGCAGAGAAGAUGGAGGUCAUCAGGUGGAGACGCUGGCGAUGGCCAACUCCCUCAUGCUGCUGUCUCGUAUCGGCAAAACUGCGCCGCCGGCCCGCCGGCUCUUCACCUGCAAGACUUGUAACCGGGAGUUUUCGUCGUUCCAAGCUCUGGGAGGCCACAGGGCCAGCCACAAGAAGCCCCGGCUCAUGGCGGGCGCCGGAAACCACCUCCACGUCCAGAAGCCAAGCUCCCCGCCUAAGCCCAAGACCCACGAGUGCCCCCACUGCGGCCUCGAGUUCGGCAUCGGCCAAGCCCUCGGCGGCCACAUGAGGCGCCACCGCGCCUCCGCCGUCAGCGUCAGCAGUGCUACCACCAGCACCCAAUCGGCGGAGAUUGUACCGGCGACGGAUAAUACUAUUAGCAGUAGCGGCAGCAAGAGAAGAGCUCUGUCUCUAGAUCUGAACUUGACGCCCAUCCAGAAUCAUCUCAAGUUGGCCGCCAAGAUGUCCCCCACCUGGUUGCAGAUUGCUUAAUUAAUUCAUUCCCAGGUUUUGGGUUUAACGUCCAGAUCAGUUUUGCAUUCGGUGCCAUUGGAGUUUACUUUUCUGAGAAGAUUGGUUGGAUGUGACGGCUCGACAACAUUACAUGUAGACUCUGGAUGAUUAAUUCCAACAACCCGAAUGGAGAAAGCAAUAAUAUAUUAAUGCAUCACAUCAAUUGGGGGAUCCAGACCCAACAAUUGAAGACUACCGAUGCAUGAUAAUAAUUAAUUCAUUAUAUUUGUAAAUAUUCAAAUAUUUGUAGAAAUACGUUAUAAAAAGUGAUUUUGUUACA